CCUUGAUUAUCUAUGUUCUCCCAUGCCAUCCCAUGUCAAUCGAUCUAAUGUGCAACUGAAUGUCGUUCCUCCAUUGCCAUGGCUGCCGGUAUGCGCCUCCCUUCUGCCGUCAUUGCCUUCGUUGCUUCCUCACGCCCCUCUGUCGGUGCUGCUCUUCCCUGCUCGACUUCCUCUUGAGCUCCUUCCUCUACUUCUCUCUGGAACUCAAAACAGAUCCUAUAAAAUCCCUCUUCUCUCCUCCAUCCUCUUUUCCCGCUUUCUUCUUCUUUCUCUCCUCAACACCAUAUGGUCGUCUGAUGCUAGUAUCGUGAUUUCACGCUCUGCGUUCGUCUCAACUUCAUAUCGUGUUUCUGCGCUUACUGCUCCUGCUACUGCUACCACCUUUUUCUUGCUCCCGUUUUCCCCUUUCCCUCUUUUUCCGUUCUUGACCAAAUUGUUUUGACGGUCGUUGUUCGCAAUGUCUCGUCUCAGCAAGCUUGGGUACAACCUCUCCUCCCUCUCCCCUUCCUCCCUCGCCUCUUCCUCCUUCUCCUCUUCCUUCUCCCGCUUCAAGAAUCGCCGGACUCCGGCGGUUCCUUGCAAGUCUUUCGUGUCAGACUGUUCGUCCAUCCGUUCAGCUGGCGUCUCUUCUUUCACCGAGGUACGUAGACGUUCAUAUCUUUCCACUCGGUCUUCCUGUGCAACUGCCCCUGCCCCUGCCCCUGCACGUUCCGCCCCUUCCCUUUCGGCUCCUUCUACUCGCUUCGUUCGUGCACCUGUUCCAGCUCGCACUGGGACAGGUGACACUCUCACCCGCAGCCUUCCCUCGCAGAGUCGAGGAGCUGCUCAACGGGACGGAACCCUUGACGUCGUCCAUUCCAUUAUGGAGAGAGCUCGACUCCGCUCUCAAGCGCUUCGUUCCCGCUAUGGUCACCCAGAGAGACGACGAGUCGACCCUAGAACCCAACCUCGAGUCGAACCCUCUUCCACUUCUUCUGUUCCGACCACCCGUCCCACCCGUUUCACCGAGCGCAUCCGCAUUCUCGCCGAAGAAGCAGCCGCUAGUUCUGCCAAACGCCGCGCCACUCUUUCGAAACUCGCUGCCUUCGACGAAGUUGUCGCCCGUGUCAGAGCACGAAAACAGUCGACGCCUUCCGCUUCUCCCAUUGACGCCACCCGUCCUGUCACUCGCGCGGAACGAGUCCGUCCCUCCGUUCCUCCUGUCAACGUAGCUCGUCCUGUCACUCGUCCUGUCACUAGCUCAGAACGAGUCCGUCCCUCCGCUUCUUCGGUCUUCGACCGCAUCUCCAACCUUCGUGCCGCCCAGGCCGAGCGACGCCGUUGGAUCGACGAGAUGAUCACUCAGCAAAAAGAACGUGCUUUGACUCGGGCCACUACUUCCGCCGCCAUCGAGCAAUUCCGAGCCAAGCAUCAGGCACGACUCGCCAACCGAUCCCGCGAGGGACACCUGACGUCACCUCACCCGGCCCCGAUUAACAGCACCCGAAACACGGCGAUUCCAGCAGCAGACCCUGUACGCACUCGACGCUCGACUCCGUCCGCCGACCGACUCCGCAAGGAUAAACCAGCGAAGCGCGUUCGUUUCGGAGAUGUUACGGUACAGCCUGUGUCUCGCUGGAUCGUCAAGUCGAAGCACGUGCACAAACGUAGUUACUAGCGGCGACCGGGCCACUUCCACUACUCUUGCUCAACCCGUGGGGGUCUGAUGAGGAUGGCUGGUUUCUCGAGAUAAUACUCGUUUCCACUGUGACACCGUAUUGUCUAUUCGUUCAGCUCCGUCCCUUCACAGUUGUCUGCUGGCUCUGGUCUUCGAUGGGGAAGACCAACCAGGUACUGCUGAUGAGUUUAUAGAUCACUGGCGUACUCUGUCCUGUUGAGGUAUUGAUGGCGCUACUGCUCUGACCUUAAGG